AUGCACAUUAAUAAAAUGUUCAAGAAAUGCGCCAUAUUUUUAAUACUAUCCAUAGUUAGUAUAAUUUUAGUACUAUAUGAACGAGGAAAAUAUAGACAUGGCGUUUUAAAUUAUAAUUUUCCAAAUCAAGAUAACGGAACUAAUAGCAAUUAUCAAAAUGGAAACUAUGGUAAUGAUAUUGAUGAAAAUGUGAUAGAAGAUAAUAAAAUAGAUGGUGAAAUAUCAUGUUCUAUUCCUGGUAAAACUUGCGAAAUGAAUUUGGGGAUUAUACGUAAUGGAGAUUUUUAUGAUUAUAAUGAUGAUAUAAAUAAAAAUGAAACACGGUUUAAUAAAAUUAAAAACAGAUUUACAAAUAUGUUUCAAUAUUUUUUAUAUGAAAUAAAUCACAGUAAUAUAAUAUAUAAUAAUAAAGAGGUAGACGGGAUUUCAUUGUUUAUUGAAUUUUUUGAAAAUUCGAAAAUGUUUAUAUCAGUAUUUAGUAAAUCGGGUUAUCGCAUAUUAUAUGCCUAUGGAAUAACAUUAAUAUCUUUACUAAAAAUUUUAUUUUUAUGGUUUAUAAUUCUUGAGCCAUAUUUUAAAUGGGCAUAUUUUAAAUUAAAAACAUAUUAUCUAUCCUUAGAUACAACUACAAAAAAAUAUAUAAUAAGUUUAGUAUUUUCUUUUAUAGUAUUUUUAUAUCUUAUAUAUGCAGGAGUUAUAAAAUACACAUUAAAUAAAAUUACAAAAAUUUAUAAAUAUUUGUUAAAAAAAUUAUUCAAAUUAAAUAGCUUUUUGUUCCGUAUAUUUCCAUAUAUUAUAAGCAUAUUACUAUAUUUAAUAUUAAUAAAAACAAUACAAAUCAAGUUUAUUCACUUUUUUAUUUAUUCAAUAUUUUUCCCCUUACCAUCAUUAUAUUCGAUUAUUAUUAUUGGAAAAUAUGUUUAUUUACCAAAUAUAAAUAAAUGUUUUAUAGAUUCUAUAUCUGAAAAAUAUAUUAUAGAAAAUGGUGAAAAUUCUAACAAAUCGAAUAUGUUGAAAGAUGAUAAAUCAACAGAAAACAUUCUUAUGAAAUCAGAAAAAAAUAAUCCAGGAUUGCAUUAUAGAAAGGGAAAAAAUAAAAUAGGAAAUGAAAUAUGUGAUAGCCAUCAACUUGAUGAUAAUAAAGCUAUGAUAACAGAUAAGACAGAAAAUGAGUUAAAAUAUAUUGGCGAAGAUGAUAAACAAAAAGAUGAAAAAAAGAAAAACGAUAAAACAUUUUUCCCUUUUAGUUUUGAAAAUUUCAAGUUAGGCUUAAAAAAAAAAAAAAAAGAUUCAUUACAAACUGAAAACAAGGAAAGUAUACAAGACCGCUUAGUAAAUCAAUCAGAAAAUCAGAAACAUCCAAAUUCCUCUCAAGAUAUUGAUGAUAAAGAUAAAAUGUAUUAUGAUGUUUUAAUUUUAUUAGAAUAUUGGUUAUUUAUUAAUAUUUUGAAUUUUUUAAGUUACUUUUUUUUUUUCAAAAGAUUUAAUAAAGGAUCAUAUAUCUUUGAAUAUUUUGUUUUAUUUACAAUAUGUGUUAAUGUUAGUGAAAAAAUUCACGAAUUCGUAUUUUUAAAAAGUUACAAAUCAUCUAUAUUAGUUCGAGCAUUGAAAAAUACUAUAAUUAGUAUAUUGGAUGUAAUUUUAUAUUCCUUAUUUAAUGUUAGACUAAAUAGUGAAAACGACCAAAACAAGAAAAAUAGUAAUGAUAUGGGCUAUAUUGAAAGAAGUAAUAUAUUAAUGAAAAUAGUAAACAUAGUAAAAGAUAAAUUAAAAUUAAAUGAAUCAGUAAGCUUAGGUAUUACUUUUGUCAAAUCUAUUAUUAAGGAAAAUGUUGCAGAAAAUAUUAAAUUACCAAUUUAUAUAAAAAUAUUGGUUAAUAUAAUAAUUUAUAUGCCGCAAUUAAUAUUAUUAAUUUUCCCAUCAUUUAUUCUUAAAAUAUAUUUUUUAUAUUUCUUUUUAAUUUUCCCAAUAUUUGGAUCUCUUAAAUGCUUAGAAGACAAAAAAAAUAUUCAUAAUAAAAUAUAUUUUAUAUGCUACUUUUUCUUUUAUAAUAUUGCUUCAAUUACAGUAAAUCAUGCAGUUUUCAAAAGUUUACCUUUUUAUAAUUUAUACAAAAUUUUAAUUACUAUUUCAGUUCAAAGCAUUCUUAAAUAUAUUUUUAAUAUUCUUAAAAUGAAGAACUGA